AUUAUGUUUCAUAUAUAAAUAUUUGAUGUGAAAUAAAAGCCCUAUUUCCCCUGAACAAAAGGAUAUAUAAUAACUGUGGGUGCAAUAAAGGAAUAUAAACCUGUUUAAAAUAUCUUUAGCUGACAAUAUAAGGUAUAAAAGGAAUAAAACGACAGUAACUUCGCACACGAACAAAUGGUCACAGCAGAUCAGAGUCUGGGUUUCCCAGUAUACGGCUAACAACACGAUGUCACAUCAAUUUCUUUUGGUCCUUUCUGUGUAUAGUCGGUCUUCUGAAUGAAAAGUUGUGCCCAUUACACUUUGCUCUUUAUUUCUCAAUAUUCUCUCUCCUAGAUCCUUCUAUGCUCAAUCACAUUGUUCAGUUGAACAAGAAAAAAACAAACAUGCAUUUAUGUAAGAAAAGAAAAAAUGCCUUUAUUUGUGUUUACAAGAUCAUACGAGAUGACAUGUGUUAUAUGAUCCAUCAUGGUCUGUACCCAUCACUGUAGCGAUGAUGAUUACUCUAUGGCUCAAAUAGAGGGACAGUUGCUUUUUGGCUCCCAGUAAAUCGUUAAUUACGAUUUAGUGAGUAACCUUAUUCCUUAAAAAUGAAACUUUAAAUUGACUCAUUUUACCCUCACAUUCCAGAACACAGUACAUCUGCUGCGACACGCUAUCAUUGUUUUAUUUCCUUAAAGUGUUUUUUCACUGUCUAGGGUCUUUGUUAUAAUUUGCAAAGACCCCCGACUGUGACAUCACAGCUGGUAGUUCAGUAGCCAUUCAGGGGAGAGGUGGGGGGCUGGUGGAAGGAGGUGAAAUUCCAACCGAUUUUAUAUUUCUCAAAUACUCAUUUUGGAUUUGGGGUGGCAGUGCCACUUUAAGGUAUUCUGCAAAAUGUUAUAUUUUUACAUUCUGAUGUGUAACACACCACAAAGUCAUGUCCCCCUUCCUCCUUCCCAAACCCUUCCCUCCCCAGUAAGGGCUCUCUUUUCUAUUCUAAUGUCCUGUUUUUCUACAAUACGACAAUAAAUGUGUUUAGGUAUCAGUCUGUAUAAAUACGAUACAUUGUUCUUGUUUUAACUUUCUAACUGUAUAUAUAUUUAGUAGUACGUCACCUACAAAUGUUCGGAACAGUCCCGGCCCUGGACACCCCCCACUCACACCCCUCUAUGUCCAUUUGAAAUGUUGGGAAGUAUGCAAAAUCCUGCCUUUAGUAUGAGGAUUCCUUGUGGAUUCCUCAAACGAAAUCUGUCCUGCCACAUAUCUACGCUACAUCCUGUCAGACAGCACUUUUCAUGUCCUGCACAUCACCAUGCAGAAGAGGCAAAUACUCAGGAAAUCGGGGUAGAUCUGGCAGUCCUAGCUGUUCAAUGAAUAAACAAAAGAUACAUUUAAAUAGUGACAAAUCCAAUUAGCCGUGCAGGCGAUGAAGGCCCUACUCCAAUGUAUUUACAGUCUUAAAAAAGUGGGGUAUAUUUCCAUGAAAUGCAAAAGGUACAAUGUAUCAAGGAGGGGAGAUAGUUGUCGUAAAUACUCCAAUGUGUUUACAGUCUUAAAAAAGUGGGGUAUAUUUCCAUGACAUGCAAAAGGUACAAUGUAUCAAGGAGGGGAGAUAGUUGUCGCAAAUACCAUGCAGUAAUAAAGUUAACUACAAAAACAAUCUGUAUGUAUUGGAAUGUCUCAUUGGGAACUGUGGAAGUAACAGUGUUUCUAUAACCCUCCCUCUUUACUCUUAAGCCAUUUGUUAUUUCACCUGGGGGAGAAGGGGUUAAUAUGUCUCUCAUCUGUACAGACUAACAUCUGGUAGUCAUCAGUAACCCCCAUCAUUAAUCCGUCCAUAGCAGAAGCCUUCUACAGCAGAUCACACAGCAUUACAGUUCCUUGUACAUUAAGGAGUUUCGGGUUUCAGAGAGAAGUUACACACUUUUUUUUAAAUCCUGGAUUUCUGGGAAAAGAAAUGAGAGGGGAGGAGAAGGAUCUGGGAUGUGCCUUACUAUAAGAAUUAGGGCAGCCAUGCGGUGGACAAGACAGGAUGCUGUGUAAGUUACAGGGGGACCUUGGUAUUAUACAGGGUAUGGCGAAUAUGGAGAGACACAAAUUGUGAUUUAUUGGCACAAGCAGACUAAUAUUCCUGACAACAGGCGCUUGUCAAUCCCCUAAUGCUUUCUAUUUAAAAUGCAUAAAAAUUACAGGCAGAGAGCAUUUGACAACUUUUGAUUUGAGUAUCUUUGAAAUCAUGCCUCUGAUAUUGUAGUCAGAAAGACUGGCUUUUUCUUACUGUUUUGUCGAAGCCUAUGCGGUUUACUCGCUAAACCAGGAUUUGUGGAAAAUUGACAAAAUAUGAAAAUUAUAGGCCCAAAUAUCCCAGCUGGAAAACUAGGAAAGUUGUAGAAUUUUUGCAGUUUAGCAUUUUUUUCCUUAAAUUUGUUUUAAAUGUUCUUCAGGGCUCAAUCAGUAGCAGGGGGUUAUUUACCUCGUUAGGAAAUUGCAAAUUUAAUUACGAUAUAGCUGAACUGAAAACGUAGUCACUGACGUGACUAAUAUUUAUGUUUUGGACUAGAAUGUGCAAAUAUCCUUUGGAAUUACUGAAAAUUCACAGGUUUAGACAAUAACGCUGCUUGUCAGUUCUCAACUAAUAGUGAAUUAAUCCAGAAAUAUGUGUCUGUUUGUCGACCCAUUGUACAGUGCUGCAGAAUUUGUUGAUGCUUUAUAAUUAAUAGUAAUAAAUAUCAAUUAUUGCAACCAAUUUUGAUUUUAGCUGCCAACUGUGUUCAAGUAAGAUUUGAAAACACUGCUGUUUUUUUUUUUUUUUUUUAUAUAUGUAUGUGGAAUUUUUUACAAAACAACUACUUUGGAUUUAAUUAUUUGGAUAAACUUUUCAAAUUAUCACAAUCUGUUAGAAAAUAAAAUGUUUUUACUUAAAUUCCAGUCGACUUUAAUGGUCUCUACUGUAGAUAAAUCAUUUGAAGUUUUUUUUUCUUUUUUCUAAAAGAUUGUGUUAAUUUAAAAAGCUUUAUCUAAAAUAAUGUAAUCAAGGCCUACAUGUUCCUAAGUACUGAUGGUGGCAAGGCUAAUAGAUUUAAAGCUAUCAUGCACCAUUGUUAAAUGUUCAGAUUCACUAUUGGGAAAAAACCUGUAUUCAGAGCUUCCAAUGAAUGAGAGAUUACUAUUUAGAUUCUGUAAGCCUGUAACCGCAGCCGGUUCCCCUAUUUACCACUAUAACGUCUUAAAGCACAGAACUUAGCAGGGCUAACCGUACAGAUAUUUUAGCCAUAAUAUUACAUAGUUAGCAAGAGUUCCUCUAUUUAAAAUAUAUAAAUAAUUGAGAAUACAAUAUAAAAUAGGGAUUGUCUUAGAAGCAAUAAAGUUUUGACUUUUUAAAUAUUUUAUUAAAUAUAAAUAUAGGCAAAUAAAACCUUAAUAAUCCAUUACAAUAAUUUAUAGCAGAAUGUAUAAGAUUAAACUAUAUGGUUGCAAAAUCAGUAACAGAAUAUACCCUUCUGAACAUGUCAACCUCAGGCAGCUUCACUCUCUCCACAAUUCACUCCUCUGUGUCCUAAUAUUAAUAAGUACACAUAUUUAUACCUUAGAUGUUCAAUUAGGUCAUAUUAGGACUUACCUUAACUUGGCAAAGAUACGAGGCCAUAACUUGGUCAUUUCACAUGGUAAUAUCUUAUCUAUGUUUAGACUAAAAUGUAAGGGUACACAUUACAUGGGAAAUUCCCUGACUUGUUGUUACAUUAACCUAGGACAAAAUGGCGUCCUAAAAUCUGCACACCAUAUUCACUGAAUAUGGGUAUAUGAAAAACAAUAUUUUCCAUUUCUAACAAAUUGUCAGUUUGCAAAAUCUCUUUAAAAAAAAUAAUAAAAAUGUAUUCUUUAUUUUGUCUCAGAAAAACGGUAGACAUAUCGGAGGGUAUACAAUAUGGCAAGGACAGUGAUAAUACAAGAGUUGCAUAAAAACAUAGUGCAAAGAGUCAUACAUCAGACAAGGUUGUGUAUACAUCAAACGUGGUACAAGCGUUUCAGUUCAAAAUCUCUUAAAGAAAAAGUACACAGCUGAAGAAAUACAUCUUUUCAUUCUAAAAUCUUGUCAUAUUUGCACAUGCACAUAACAGGCCUAGAUAUCAAAGACAGUGGUGAUGAUACAGUGAUCUUGUUAGAAAUUAAAUCUUUCCGUUAAUGACCUUUAAACACGCUGUAUACCUGGGGAUGUGGUCUCGAAAUGACAUAUACUUCCUGUACAUUACUGCCAUGCUGGCAUGGUGUAUCAGCCGCGUUUUCAUAUAAAACCUUAUAAUUGGUUAUGGGUGUUUUUUCUGGUGUGCCAAAUAUGAAACAUACGGAAGACGAGGCAGGAGGGACAUGGAACGGAAUUCCAAAUUUCUAACUGCACGGUAAUGUGAAAACUAUGGGACCUAUUCAGUAUGAAUGAGACUUGUUCCAUAAAUUCGUUUCAGAUUCAAAAAAAGGCAGAUUUGGUUAUUUCUCUUAUAGUAACAACAACCCAAACCUAAACACCAGCAAACCCUCCUUGUAACAACACUAUGUGUUUCUUAUGUUAUAUAGCAGGAACAUUUACUUACUGUUUCUUUAACUAUUUGGUUUUAAUUCAGUUUUAGUUCAUCUGGGUUAAUUUCAGAGGAAUAUUGUCAGCGGAAUUGAGUGAAUCGAUUGAAAUGAUGGUGGGAAGGAAUUCCUGGAUAAAUCACAUUAAAGGGUUACUCUAAAUACCAUCACCACUUUGCAUUGAGCCCAAUGAGCCUACUCUCAAUACUGCAAGUGACGUAGAAAUGGCUGCAGCUCUAACACAGCCAAUAAGAGUUGCCCGUUAGACACCUCCCCCCCCAUAAGAGUUUAAGGGUUCCUGUUUUAAUUUUUUUCAAUAUGUAACUUGGACUGAGCAUUGCUGAAAGCUGCGCUAAACAGGGAACUGGGCUAUGGAUAAACUGAUAGCAGCAGUGGAAUGGCCAUUAUUCGUUUACAGAGCAGCCCCACUCAUCAAAAUCCAUGAAAGGAACCGGUCUUGAUAAUAAACCACUUAUGCCAUAGACCCCUGCUAUGCAAUGUGGGAUCAGAGUUUCUUUGUGAUAAUGAAAGGGUCAGUCUAUAGCUGCAGGCAGGGAAACUGGGAAAGCAUUCAUCUUUUAUUCUGCACUUUAUUUAUUUGUUUGUUGCAUUUUUUUAUGCAUUAUCUUUCUAAUCUAUUCAUAACAGAGGGACAUUUUUACCACAGAUGUUGUCUUUAAAUCAGUUUAUCUCAAACAUUUUUUCAAAUUAUUUCCCCAAAACAUUUUCCGCGUUGUGUACCACAGUUCUAUCAUUUAAGACAUAUAUUCAGUAUCAUUGUUCCCCCACCUGAGUAAACACUAUUGAAGCAUUUAUUGGGGUGAAUAAUGCUAUGGAACUACAACCACUUACAUGUUCAGGGUGGCAGUGUCUGCCAUGAUGCUACAGGCACACUCAUGCAGAGUGAAACAUAGAAUGUGACAGCAGAUAAUAACCAUUCGGCCCAUCUAGUCUGCCCAAUUUUCUAAAUACUUUCAUUAGUCCCUAGCCUUAUCUUAUAGUUAGGAUAGCCUUAUGCCUAUCCCAUGCAUGCUUAAACUCCUUUACUGUAUUAACCUCUACCACUUCAGCUGGAAGGCUAUUCCAUGCAUCCACUACCCCCUCAGUAAAUUAAUACUUCCUGAUAUUAUUUUUAAACCUUUGUCCCUCUAAUUUAAGACUAUGUCCUCUUGUUGUGGUAGUUUUUCUUCUUUUAAAUAUAGUCUCCUCCUUUACUGUGUUGAUUCCCUUUAUAUAUUUAAAUGUUUCUAUCAUAUCCCUGUCUCGUCUUUCCUCCAAGCUAUACAUGUUGAGAUGCAUGCACACGUAACUAUCUGUACAGAAAUGCCAUACAUGCAUGUGCAUGAUCUGCAUUUCUUCAAUAGAGCCGUAUGCAUGCAUGUUACAUAUAAGUGGCACUGCUGGAGAUACGUAGUUUACAUGCUAUACCUGGCUUACAAUAAAAAUAAAACAAAAUGCGCAUCCCGUAGGUAAUGUUUUUUUUAGCUUUUGAUUGUGCAGAUAUCUGAGUACGCCGAAAUGCUUUAUGUAUUAUGUGUUAUGUGAAUGCUUUAUGUAUUAUGUGUUAUGUGAAUGCAUUAUGUAUUAUGUGUUAUGUGUUGUGUGAAUGCUUUAUGUAUUAUGUGUUAUGUGAAUGCAUUAUGUAUUAUGUGUUGUGUGAAUGCUUUAUGUAUUAUGUGUUAUGUGAAUGCGUUAUGUAUUUUGUGUUAUGUGUUGUGUGAAUGCUUUAUGUAUUAUGUGUUAUGUGAAUGCAUUAUGUAUUAUGUGUUAUGUGUUAUGUGAAUGCAUUAUGUAUUAUGUGUUAUGUGUUGUGUGAAUGCUUUAUGUAUUAUGUGUUAUGUGAAUGCAUUAUGUAUUAUGUGUUGUGUGAAUGCUUUAUGUAUUAUGUGUUAUGUGAAUGCGUUAUGUAUUUUGUGUUAUGUGUUGUGUGAAUGCUUUAUGUAUUAUGUGUUAUGUGAAUGCUUUAUGUGUUAGAGUGUUUCUUUAAUGUACCAACGGUGUGUAAUCAAUUAAGCUGUUUUCUAUAAACUAUAGGUUUCUCUCGGAAUCCUAACCCGAAUGAAUAGCUCCAUUUAUCUUUUUAUGAAUGAGACUGCGUGAGUUAUUCGCGACAUAUAUGGUGAGCACAUGUCUUGUGUGCAACAGAAGGAACGCCCAUAAGUUACAGGGACAGCUGCACUUUUUUGUAUAGUUGCUCAAAAACAGUGUGACAAAAAACUAGCGCCCAAAGACACCUUACACCAUAACCACCUCAGAUAGCUGUAGUGGAUAGAGUACUACGUGUGUCUCUUAAGAUCUCAGCCGUGAGCAUAGCACGAGGCAACCCAGAUGUCCGAAUUUGUGAAAUAAUUAAUAUUCUACGAUUAUUACUCGUCUUCAUUAGGAACAUCAACGUUUGAAAAAAAAAAAACAACAACCCUCUUUUUAUAAUAAGUAUUUUCUUGCAAUGCUAUCAUGUUCCUUUAACUAGAAUGAGUUACAGAAAGGCUUGUAAUGUGGAAAUGCAGCCUACAUAAUCUUACGUAAUCGCUGAGGUUUAUAAGCAUUUUUUUUUCUAAAUCUUUUUUUUUGGCAAAUAUUGUAAGAUCCUGUGAGUCACGUAUCCCAUUGACUCAUCUGAAUUUCAACAGAUAUUUUGGUCGAGUUUCUCUGUACCCUGGAUAAACAGUAACAUUCUUACUUAAUAUUUUAUUUCAGUGAAUGUCGCUAUCUUGCAGGACCUGCGGAUGGUUCGUUUACUAGUUUUUAUUGUCUUCCUUCUUUUCUUUCUUUUUAGAAUCGCUAACUCAGACCAUCAGCUGUCAUAUUAACAGGGUUAACAUGAAGGACUCCUUUUGCCUUUAGCUGAUACGGGUUUAUUAAUAAUUCUAUUUUCUUUUCUUUAACCAGAUCGCUAUUUUAACUAAAGGACUGCAGCUUAAUUAAUUGUAAGUAUGCUUAUUUGUAAAAAAAAUAAAAAUAAAUAUGAGAUGCAAAUUAUUUUACCCAACAAUAGAAAUUGCAAAUAAUCGUCAACGAAAGAAAAGAAAUGGCAAUUUCUGUUAUACAAUAUCAGAGCUAUUUUCUGAGAAUUGUAAGUUUAAGGCCAAACUAGUUGAUCUGAGAAUAUAAUGGACUUAGAGAAUCUUUAAAAUUUGGUCUAAAAUCUGCAAUUCUAUGUAAAAUUCAGGGCAGUUCUCUGUUUAGUGAAUAACUAUAACAUUUCCGAUACUCCAACAAUUCUCCACAAUUUGACAAUUUAGAGAAUAAAUCAUAUGCUAUAGAAUCUUAUAAAAAAUGUUCGUAAUAUUUUCUUUCUAGGAAUUUUUAGUGAAUUUAGAUUGUAGCGUAUGUAAAACUGAACUGCAAAAUAUUGGCUUAAGCUGCGCCUGGAACUGAUUAAGAGAAUUUUUACAAUUCAGCUAUUUUUGGCUACGUUUUGAAACUUGGUUUUCAAUUCACUAGAAAUAGAUAUUUAGGGAAUACAUCCCGGUAUUUUUAUGCUAACCUUCUAGAUCUUUAUGUCAUUUUAAGGUACAGUUCCAUGUGGAUCCAAAUUACAUGAAUGGCGUCAUGUUACAACAGGUUAUAAAAUAGGAUAAAAAUCAUUGCCCCAUCCAAGGUACCUCCUUGGUGUGAUUGCAAAGCUCGCUAAAAUCUCACAUCUUCAGAUUUUGUUUCAAUUUAUCAUUUUUAUUGACAGAUUAAUUUUACAGCUGUGAAAUGUUAUCACGAACAAGGUAGAUAGAAGCAAAAUGGUUCAAUUAAUAACAGUCAAAUUACUACAUAUUUUGCCGCUAAACGUCUAGUAGCCUUAUCCAUUCAUAACAUUUCAUAAACAGUAGAAAAAAGGAGGAAUCAGAAAGGGGUGAAAGAAGAUUAGGUACGGACAGGAAAGUUUGUGAUUUUGUUGUCUAUCUAGGCUGUCAGUUGUACUGAGUUGUAAUUCUAGCACGUAUCUAUCAGUGUAUGACAUAGGAUUGCUUGCAUUAUUAUAAACUUACCCGGAUCAUUUUGUAGACUGUUUGCCCAGGGAUGUCGUUAAAAAAUAGAACUUGUGCAUUUAUAUACACGCACUAUUAAUCACAUUUAUCUUGAUUUUCUCAAUUUGAACUUCUAUGACAUCUAAUCUAUUUAAAUGUUUAACAUUAUGUUUCUUCUGUACCUACCUAAAGAAUUUAGGUUUUUUUUUUUUUAAACUUGAAUUGGAACGAUAUUUUACCCUUAAGAUAAACUUUGUUUAUUCUUUGCCUCUCUAAACAUUAACUGGUUACGUCAAACAUUAUGAGCACUACAGCGCGAGUAUCCUGGUACGUACCAGGGUAAUAGGGCAGACUAUUUAGCAAGGGAUUGCCCUCUUACCUGGUACAGGUACAGCCAAGCCUCCUGAAAAAUCACUGAAGUAGUUAUGGUGCUUGGAGUGACACUUUAAUAAAAACAAACAACAAAAUCACAGAACCAUCAGUUCAAAAGGUUAUCAUAAGCUAAUCUUAGUUGAUAAUAGACUUGAAUUUUCAGAUAAAAUCUUGCUGAACGAAGUUAUCUGCUUGUUAAACAUUGAUCUUUCUUUUUACUUUUAGACACCCACGAAUGAUGGCUUGGUAGAUUUUGGAAAUACACCGUAUUGGAAAUGGUAGAAAUCGGACUAACUCAAUUUUUGGUUCUCUUGGGGACUCUGAUAUUUGCGGAGUCCCAGAACCUGAUUAAGAAUACCAAGGAGCAAAAAUCAGGAGGACGUUUAAUAAUAAGUGAGGUCAACGCCGAUAACCCUGGACUUGAUACAACUGAGUUUGUGGAGCUUUUUCACACCAGUAGGCAAAAUGUUUCUCUUGAUGGUUACACGUUGGUAUUCUAUAACGGCAAAACUAACAUGGCAUAUAAGGUGCUGAAUCUUACUGGUCUAUCUACAGAUAACAGAGGAUUCUUUCUAAUUGGCUCCCUAAUGGUAAACCCUCGACCUUCUAUCAUUGUACCAUCCAACACCAUCCAGAAUGGUCCAGACGCCAUUGCUCUUUAUUUUGGGGAUGGAACUUACCGCGAAAACAUGAAGGUGACUAAUAAAAGUCUAGAGGAUGCCUUGGUUCAUAAGGCAAAACCCACAGAACAAGCUGAUGUUUUACAAAAUAUUCUGACGCCUGGCAUUGAGGCCUUCUUAGAAGAUGCCAGCUUUCAUAGUGCGGAUGAGUCUAUCGGGCGGUGCAUGGAAAUGGAUGGCCAAUGGACUUUUCGAAUGACACACGUGUCUCCGGCUAGUGAAAACUACUGCAAAGGCUACCCAGCUGUAGUGAUAAACGAAGUGUCUUCACCUUAUGCCCAGGAUUUGUACGUAGAGAUCCGGGGACCUCCCUCUGCUCACCUUUCUGACCUGGUGCUGGCAUUCAUUCGUGGCGAAGACCAGGAAUUAUACCAUACGGCAGAUAUUAGUGGUCACACCAACAAAAUGGGUUUUUAUCUGCUGGAAAAUGAAAAUGCCAGUAAUCGUGGUAAGCGUAUUUAUCUUUCCUGGCCAACUUGGCAGCAUCACUAAUGGAUUAAACUCCCUACUCAGCAGUCAGGACACGAAGGACAUUACCUCACAGCUUGAAUUACAAUUUUUCACAACUUUCAGUUACAUACGCAUGCUGUAUAGUGCUACGGAACUUGCAGGCGCUAUAUAAAUAAUAAAAUUUUUAUUCUAUUUCUUUUCCCAUGGAAUAUCCUAACCAACAGAACAUUACCAACUAGUACAUGUGUGUUGAUGUUUAGCAUGUUGCAAUACUUAAACUAUGCGCAUGCAGUUUAAAGGGACACCCUAAACCAGGGGUGACCAAAAUGUAGAUCCACUGAUGUUUUACAAUUACAGCUUCCAUGAUGCUUUGUCAUUCCAAAGCAGUCUAAAAGACAUGCAAAGCAUCAUGGGAGUUGUAGUUCUACAACAUCUGGUGAUCUAGAUUUUGGGCACCCCUGCCCUAAGCUCUGUAACACAGAGAGCUUAUUGUAGUGGUGAUGGUGCCACAAGGCUAUCAUCUGGCUGAGAAUUCUAUGAGUUGUAGAGCACAGCAAUUACAACAUUGUUAUCUUUCUAAUACUUUGUAUUAGUGUGUUUAUGAAACGCAAUCUCAUAUCACUCUUCCAGGUGCGCUAUAAACAAUUUCUCACACUUUCCUUUGCUUUGCCAUUUACUCUGCAGCUCAGCAAACACUGCCAGAAUCGGUUCGAUUGUUCAGAAAGGGUGGUGGAGCAGUGGCUUUAUAUCUGGGGAAAAAAAGUGGAAAUUUACUAAAUACUCGUUUUCCAACCAGUGGUUUAGUCGAUGCCGUGGUAUAUGGCGAUUACGAGGAUAUGGGUCCACACCCACUUCAGGAUUUGACCAUGGGAGAUCCCAUCAUAUAUUGGCAUAGUGGGUAAGGAAGAAAUGAAAAGUCCCUAAUUGUCCCAAAAAAUCAACAUUUGCAGUCUAUAAACAUUACUGAAAAAAAUAUUUUAUUCCAGUAAACUCUCUGUAUGAGAAAAUGUAAGUUAUGUAACUUGUAAUAUGUUUAUGGGCAACUGAACCAGGGCAGCAGGCUCCUCCCUCAAUACUUUCUGAUUUAAAGGGACAGUGUAGGCACUAUAACCAUUUAAUCUCAUUGAAUUGGUUAUAGUGUCUGGAGUCCCCAGGCACUGUCCCUCUAUUCAGUGUUAAACCAUUGUCACACAGUUUAAAACUGAAUAAGGGUACCUGGCCACUCACAGCCCGGCCCCUACUGGAGGUGUGGCUAAGGUGAAAAUUAGGCACUUCCUUCUAUAUAUUUAUACCAGAAAUGGGCACUGUGAUAGGCUGAAAGUAGUCAGCUGAAACUCUCAGCCAAUCACAGCUGCACAUUGCUGCCCAGACUAAUGUUUCCUCAUUAGUAGGACAGCGGGAUGUGCUGUUAGGGACCUUUGUUUAGCAUUAAAACGUUAACCACGAUUUUACACUGAAUGGAAGGAUGUCACUAGGGGAGAUAUUAACAACAAAUUCUGCAUGAUGUCAUCUAGUUACCACCCUUUUCUGUCCAUAAUAGUUUCAAUUACCAUUCCUUCCCACAUGUUUACACUGCUGUCAUGGUCUGCAGCAUGAUCUGUCCGUUACAAUAUCUGCAGAACUCUUGUCUCUUUCCGUCAGAAUCUGCUGCACCUGUAGGGUUACCCAAUUGGGAUAUCUCUUUAGUAGAAUUUUUAUUUAUUUCACUCUCUUUGGCCAGAUGUCCUUAGCUAAUGUCGAUAACAGAUGACUAAACACUUAAAAAUGUUUAAUUUCCCACUUUAAAAAUACUAAAUAUGCGAUUUAUUCACACCAUAUUUUUCCCAUUUCAUAGAGAUGUAAACAUUUCUGCCAGCCGCUGUAAUGCCACGACAGGAGGACCGGCGUUCUUCAUGCUUAGAGGGAACUCCCCUGGCCAGACCAACGACUGCCCUUCAGAGAACAAACCUCGCAAUUUCUCCAUUUGUUUCAGGGUACCGGGUAAGUGUAACUCCAUAUAAACAUAGAACACACUGUCUGCAAGGGUUAUCACAGCAACUACGCAGUGCAGAACAUUCCAAUAACCCGACAGAACUUUGGUCAUUUGCAAAGUAUGUUAUUCGUUUUCGACAUUUGAGGCUGAUAUAGUAGACUGAGGUUUUCAUGACCUAUACACUUUAAGAGCAGUAUGGGCGCCACGCUUACUGACCGACAUUGGAAGAAGAUUCAUAAUUAAGCUCAUCAGGGUACACUCAGUACCACGCAACAAGAACUGAAUUAUAAAUUGAUCACAUGCUUGUAUGGGACACCUCCAGGAUCCAUCGCAUGUUUGAAGCGACAUCAGUGACGUGCUGGAGGUGUGGAAUUGAGGAGGUACGAAUCUGCACAUCUGGUGAUCUUGUAGCAAGAUUACCACAUUCUGGAAAGGGGUACAUGGCAAGAUCUCUGAAAUUCUUCUUACUGGUUUACCAAUGCAACCUUUGCCGAUGCUUCUGCGUCAUACAAAACUACCGUUGUCUACAUACAUGAAAUCCCUAACUAGACAUUUAUUGAAUGCGGCUAAAUUUCUGAAUACAGCAGUGGAUGGAUAAGGUGGAGGAAAUAUAUGACAUGGAGUCUCUUACAGCAUCUCUACAUGGGACAUCAGAACCUUGCGUGCAGCUGUGGACAACUUGGAGAGACUAUUUGUCUCGUUGGGCCUCUGGACCGGGUGGGUAGUGGGUGGCAUAACAUAUGCAAUCUCUGAGAAAGAUGUGCAGAUUAUUUCUGAUUGACUUAGUACUGGGGGGGGGAGUGCGGAAGGGAGCUCUAUCUCUACAGAAAGACAAAUAUGGUGUGUGACUCCUGGAGGUGACAACUCUCCACAAUUAAUGGACCAUUCAAAAUUUUUACUACAUGUAUCUCUUUGUAUUGGAUCUGAUAAUUGCUGUGGACCAUGUACUCUACAUGUUGGAGAUGUUGUGUUACAACAAACUACAAAAUACAAAGUAAAUAUAAAAAAAAUACUCAUCAUAAGUAAAGAUAUCAUGAGAAAAAGUAAAGACUAGUUUGUAUUAUUGUUAAGGGACAAUAUAAGCACCAACACUUUAGUGAAUGAAGCAGUUUUGGCGUAUAGAUCAUGCUCCUGAAGUCUCACUGCUCAAUUCUCUGCCAUUUAGGAAUCAAAUAUCUUUGUUGGUACAGCCUCAGCAACACCUCCCUGCAAGUAACCUACACAGUCUACCUCCAUAUUUCCUGUAAAGAGAUAUCUAAUGUUUAAACUUCCUUUGUUGCACAGUCUGUUUAAUUUAGAAUUUGUAUCUCCUGCUCUACUAAUAUCUUGCUAGAACCUCCCAUGUAUGAUUAAAGUUCAACUAACAGAGCAGGAGUAAACACACAUCAGAUAUGAUUGAAAAUGAGCAGGAGCUUUCCAUUUGAUACUUUUCAUGCUUUUUUAUGCCGAAGAUAUUAUCUAUAAACACCCCGGGGCUUAAUACUAAUAAGAAAAUAAAUCGUUUGUAUAAUUCCUUGGUAGAUCAUAAUAUCCAAGUUGCUUUUCUACAGGAAACUCAUUGGCUUAAAGACUCUAGGCAAAGAUGGGGUGGAGACAACUAUCCAAUAAUUAUACACGCCUCUCUAGUAGAAAGGAAAAAAAGAGGGGUAGCACUAGUAUUUAAUAAAGACCUUAAAAUGGACGUGAUACAUUUGGAACUGGAUCCUGACGCUAGGUUUAUUAUUCUGGUCUGUAACAUCAAUGAUAAGAUCUAUACGUUGGUUAAUGUAUAUCUCCCCAAUGUUGACCCUAUGACUAAAUUUUCCAUAAUUAUGGAUAAAGUUGAUAAGAUCUCUAAGGGUUCUUUGAUUAUUGUUGGUGAUUUCAAUUGUGUUAAUGAUCCUAAAUUGGAUAAAUCAACAAUAAUUUCAACUAUAAAUAAUAAAAGAAUUAAUAAACAGGCCAAAAAAUUACAGAAUAUUUGUAAACAAUUUAACCUAUAUGAUAUUUGGAGAUUAAUACACCCAUUUCAAAGAGAUUAUUCCCAUUUCUCUAGUGUACAUGGUACCUACUCAAGGAUUGAUUACUGUCUAGUUGACUCAAAUACAAUCCCCCUUUUUAAUUCUAUUGAGAUUAAGGAGAAUCCCUGGUCCUUCCAAUGCCCCGUACCACCUGGAGACUGAAUGACUCCCUUAUUAAAAAUGAUUACAACAGGGAGGAGUUGUCUAAGCUAUUAGAAUACUUUUGGUCUGAAAAUAAUCCAGUGGAUACAUCCCCUAUGAUUAAUUGGUGUACUCAUAAGUCUGUCAUGAGGGGCUAUUUAAUUAAAAUAGGUCAUAAUUAUAAGAAAAGGAAUGGUAAGAAUCUAAAGGAUUUAUAUAUUGAAUUUUACUCAUGCUCCCAUCUAAAUAAACAACAUCCUGCGCCAGAGUUGAGGACUCGUCUAAACCAUUUAAAACAACAAAUAAACUCAAAGGAGGAAGAAAAGAUUAAGUUUAAUAUAACUAAGUUAAAGUUAAAUAAUUAUCAUAUGGGUAAUAGAGCUAGUAAAAACUUAACAAAAGACUACAAAAUCAUUAUGCUAGGAAUAGGAUAGAAAAACUGGUCAUCGACCAAUUGGUCUAUUCCACUCCUUCCUUAAUAGGUCAAAAAUUCAAUCAAUUUUAUCAAGAAUUAUACAAUUUAAAUUUAUAUCCCAAAACAAAGGAUAUUAAAAAUUAUUUACAUAAUACAAUAAUUCCAAAAGUUAUCUCACAAGAUUUAGUAGUUUUAAAUAAUAAAAUUACUAUGGAAGAAGUCAAAUAUCAAAUAGAAAGACUCCCCAUAAAUAAAACUCCGGGGCCUGAUGGCUUCACAAAUUUAUAUUAUAAAUACAUGAAGUCACAUUUACUAAAUCCUAUCACUCAAUUCUUUAAUCAAUUGGCUGAAAAUACCACCAUUCCAAAAGAAUUGUUACAAUCUAAUCUCGUUCCCAUACUGAAACAAAAUAAGGAUAGUACAGACCCGUGUAAUUACAGACCGAUUGCGUUAAUUAACGUAGAUAUGAAGUUAUAUUCAGCUAUUAUAGCCGAGAGAAUUAAAAGUAUUAUACCUAAUCUUAUUCAUCCUGACCAGAUCAGGUUUAUCCCUGGAAGAUAUGCAUCAAAUAACUCCUGUAGAUUGAUUGAUAGUAUUGACUGGUCAAAUAGACAUACAGGGAGUGCAGAAUUAUUAGGCAAAUGAGUAUUUUGACCACAUCAUCCUCUUUAUGCAUGUUGUCUUACUCCAAGCUGUAUAGGCUCGAAAGCCUACUACCAAUUAAGCAUAUUAGGUGAUGUGCAUCUCUGUAAUGAGAAGGGGUGUGGUCUAAUGACAUCAACACCCUAUAUCAGGUGUGCAUAAUUAUUAGGCAACUUCCUUUCCUUUGGCAAAAUGGGUCAAAAGAAGGACUUGACAGGCUCAGAAAAGUCAAAAAUAGUGAGAUAUCUUGCAGAGGGAUGCAGCACUCUUAAAAUUGCAAAGCUUCUGAAGCGUGAUCAUCGAACAAUCAAGCGUUUCAUUCAAAAUAGUCAACAGGGUCGCAAGAAGCGUGUGGAAAAACCAAGGCGCAAAAUAACUGCCCAUGAACUGAGAAAAGUCAAGCGUGCAGCUGCCACGAUGCCACUUGCCACCAGUUUGGCCAUAUUUCAGAGCUGCAACAUCACUGGAGUGCCCAAAAGCACAAGGUGUGCAAUACUCAGAGACAUGGCCAAGGUAAGAAAGGCUGAAAGACGACCACCACUGAACAAGACACACAAGCUGAAACGUCAAGACUGGGCCAAGAAAUAUCUCAAGACUGAUUUUUCUAAGGUUUUAUGGACUGAUGAAAUGAGAGUGAGUCUUGAUGGGCCAGAUGGAUGGGCCCGUGGCUGGAUUGGUAAAGGGCAGAGAGCUCCAGUCCGACUCAGACGCCAGCAAGGUGGAGGUGGAGUACUGGUUUGGGCUGGUAUCAUCAAAGAUGAGCUUGUGGGGCCUUUUCGGGUUGAGGAUGGAGUCAAGCUCAACUCCCAGUCCUACUGCCAGUUCCUGGAAGACACCUUCUUCAAGCAGUGGUACAGGAAGAAGUCUGCAUCCUUCAAGAAAAACAUGAUUUUCAUGCAGGACAAUGCUCCAUCACACGCGUCCAAGUACUCCACAGCGUGGCUGGCAAGAAAGGGUAUAAAAGAAGAAAAUCUAAUGACAUGGCCUCCUUGUUCACCUGAUCUGAACCCCAUUGAGAACCUGUGGUCCAUCAUCAAAUGUGAGAUUUACAAGGAGGGAAAACAGUACACCUCUCUGAACAGUGUCUGGGAGGCUGUGGUUGCUGCUGCACGCAAUGUUGAUGGUGAACAGAUCAAAACACUGACAGAAUCCAUGGAUGGCAGGCUUUUGAGUGUCCUUGCAAAGAAAGGUGGCUAUAUUGGUCACUGAUUUGUUUUUGUUUUGUUUUUGAAUGUCAGAAAUGUAUAUUUGUGAAUGUUGAGAUGUUAUAUUGGUUUCACUGGUAAUAAUAAAUAAUUGAAAUGGGUAUAUAUUUGUUUUUUGUUAAGUUGCCUAAUAAUUAUGCACAGUAAUAGUCACCUGCACACACAGAUAUCCCCCUAACAUAGCUAUAACUAAAAACAAACUAAAAACUACUUCCAAAAAUUUUUCAGCUUUGAUAUUAAUGAGUUUUUUGGGUUCAUUGAGAACAUGGUUGUUGUUCAAUAAUAAAAUUAAUCCUCAAAAAUACAACUUGCCUAAUAAUUCUGCACUCCCUGUAAUGUUCCCCUCCUGGCCCUGUCAUUAGACGCCGAAAAAGCGUUUGACAGGGUCGGGUGGGGGAUAUUUAAGUGAAGUCCUGAAGGCAUUCGGAUUCACGGGAUGGAUAUAUGGUGCUAUUUUAGCCCUAUAUUCCUCCCCUUCAGCCAGAACAGUGGGCCCGAAUAUAACUGCAGGUUGGUUUGAUCUCAAAAAUGGUACUAGACAGGGGUGUCCCCUUUCACCUUUACUGUAUGUUUUAUCACUUGAACCUUUAGCUAUUAACAUUAGGAAUAACCCAUUAAUUAGUGGUGUAAAAUUAAAAUUACUUGACGCUAAAAUUUCUUUAUAUGCGGAUGAUGCUUUAAUCACCCUGUCUUCCCCUGAAAAAUCACUGCGGCCUUUAAUGUUUGAAAUUGAGAGAUACUCUAGUAUAUCUAAUUUUAAGUUAAAUAUCUCAAAAUCAAUAGCUUUAACCAUUAAUAUGCCUUCAGAAAUGGUUGAUAAUUUAUCCCAGAAUUAUAAAUUUAGCUGGACAGACAAGGAAUUAAAUUAUUUGGGUCUAACGAUCCCUGUAAAUACUCCGAAUAUAAUGGAGAGAAAUGUUUUAAUUUUAAUGAAAAAUAUGAACCUUAAAUUAAAAAAAUGGCAAAACCUGGAAACUUCGUGGAUAGGCAGAAUUAAUAUUAUAAAUUCCUAUAUUCUACCUAAGUGGCUAUAUUUUUUCUCUAUGGUUCCAUUAAAAAUGCCUAAGCCUUGGCUAGCAAUGAUUCAAUCAAGUUUUAAUAAAUUUAUUUGGAAGAAUAAAAGACCCAGAAUUAAUCAAAAAAUUCUUUCUAAAAAACUAUCUCAAUGUGGUCUUGGCUUUCCUAGUAUUUUAUAUACGUAUUAUGCAAAUAUUAUUCGGCAUACUUACAUUCUUCAAGAUCCACAGGUUCGCAGGCAGCCAUGGUUUAUAUUAGAGCCGGAAGCUGCCCAUUCUUCUAGACUAUAUCACUAUAUGUGAAUGGAUAUUAAAGAGAUUUCGAAACAGCCCAAAAAUUGGUUUCCUUCCACAUUGCUUCAAACUCUAGAGGAUUGGGCAGAAAUUCAGAAAAUGUUGAAUAUUGUACAAUUAAUACCAAGAUCCUGUAGUCUUAAUAUUUUGGAGGGUAUAAUAGAGGAUUUUUCACUGACUUCUUGGGGUAAUAUUGACUCUCUAAGUAUCUCAGAUCUCAUGCAAGGAGAUAAUAUUCUGUCUUUUCAACAGAUCGUUGAUAAUAUACAUAUCUCUCCUAGAGAGAUAUUUACUUAUCUUCGUAUCAAACAUUUCAUACAGAAAUGUGUUAUUCCAAUGUCUUUUCCCUUCGCUAAGAAAUUGGAAGCUUUAUUUUGUUACCGAAUGCUUUCUAAGGUUACUUCUGUUGCUAACUCUUUGCUUGAUGAAACUAAGAUAAUACCACAUAAACUGAUUAACAUCUGGGAGAAGGAAUUAAAUUUGACGAUUCCCUUUAAUGACUGGCUAGCCUCUUUAAUAAAAGUAAAUAAAUAUAUACAUUGUCUAACCCUGACCGAGUGCCAUUUUAAGGUAGUUCAUAGAUGGUAUUUCACUCCAACAAAAUUGACAAAAAUGUAUCAAUCAUAUGAUUCCACUUGCUGGAGAUGUGGCUUGUCUCUGGGCACAUAUAUGCAUAUAUGGUGGGAUUGCCCAUUAGUUAAACCAUUGUGGAUAUGGGCAUUUAAUUCCAUCUAUACAGUUACAGGUAUUAGACUCAAUCAAAACCCGGUUACCGCCCUUUUACACUUGAAUUGGCAGUUAAAAUCGAAAAAACACACAUGUUAUGCUAUACAUUGUUUUGUUGCGGUCAAAAUCAAUAUAGCCAGACAUUGGAAGUCCUCAAAUUCUUUCCAGAAAUCUCGUUUGAUUGAUCAAAUUAUAUUUCAGUUAACAAUGGAAAAGAGAUUAUAACUAAUAAUACUGUCUUUUCCAAAAAAAAAAAAUGGUAUUCCAAUUGGCUUCAUAAACUUACCCAUAUUUAGUGGUAACAAAUUUACGGCUCGUGUCUCUUAUUUAUAUAACAAAGGGAAAAAAUGGACAAGAGAAGGGCAAAGAAAAGGAUAGGAAGAGGAAAGGAAAGGGAAGAAAGUAAAGGCAAUAGAAAAUGGAAAAGUGAGAAAAACUAUACAGUAUAAUUAUGGUCUGAAGGUUUCAAUUGGCUCCUUUGUUGUUUCAGCAAGUGUAUUUUCAUGUAAUAUUAUAUGAUAAUUAAUUCUGGUAUCUUUGAUAUAUUAGUAAGAAAGCUCUCCUGCUCUGUAUAGGUGGUGGUAUUAUUUAGUUGUUUUGGUCAUGUCUAUGUCUUUGUUCCUUUUUUUUUUUGUCUGAUUUAUUUCUAGUACACAAAUAACAAGACUUUGUACUAAAUGCUUGAUCGUUUCAUAUUAAUAGAAUACUCCUUGUUAUUGUUCUUUGUUGCUUAUUUGUGAUAUGUAAAAAUAAAAUAAAAACAUUUUCUCAAUAAAAAAUUAUUAUAAUAAAAAAAUAAAAAGAACAGUAGGGGACCAAUGACAGAACAUUGGGGAACACUAAAAAAAAUUUAAAAAAAUAAAUAAAAAAGAUAUGAUUGAAAAUGAAACCAUUUUGUUUUCAUGCAGGCUGUGUCAGUCACAGUCAGGGGAGGUGUGACUAGGGCUGCAUAAACAAAGUGAUUUAACUCCCAAAUGGCGAGAAUUGAGCAGUGAGGCUGCAUGGGCAUGAUCUAUACACCAAAACUGCUUCAUUAAGCUAAAGUUGUUUUGAUGGUUAUAGUAUCUCUUCAAACCUGAAAUUGGCAAAAGGUGAAGCUUCUGCCAUUAAUUGUUGUCAAUUCAAAAACAGGUAUCUCCUCGCAUAUUGUGAGCAUUGGUCUAUGGAGGAUCCCAGGGUCAAGCCGGAUCUACCAUAGACCUCUGUGCUGUAUUCACUCUCAGUUGUAAGUACUUGAUUGUGAGUACACCAGUAAUGCUGACUCCUGGUGAACGCAUUGCCAAGAACCGAAGGAGGAAGAUGUCAGCACCUAUAAGGGAGAGAUCCAUUGAGAAUAUUUCCAUUUGCCUUCACCCCUGGGCUACGUCACCCCUGGGCUACUGCACAUGGAUUGGGCAUGUCACCUUCAGGGGUCUUUUAACACAAAGUUUAGGUGAUUCUUCAUAUUUUAUCCAGCAGUGUGAUUUCCACAAUAAUUAAAGUUCUACUUUAACAAGCAGCAAGCAGUGGCUCAAUGCUUGUCUAUUGCACUCAUACUCUUUUUUUUUUUUUAAAUGCAGACUGUUCUCUGCCGAGAGGGGAUCUGAUAACCCUUAUGCUUCUACAUGGCCUGGUUGACUCACUGCAAGUUCUCAGUCCUGGCUCCUUGCCAGCCGACAUUUUCACAGGUAAGAUAUGCAGAGAGGCUGAGCAAGCUGUUUUAGAUGUCUCCACAGUUUGUACAUGUAAACGCCAGCCUUUUAAAUAUAUAUAUAUUUUGUUUUAUUCCAUUGUGGCAUAUCCACUAGACAGUGAAUUGAAAUCUAAAUUUUAACAAUCAAGACUGAAUUGUAAAAUUUAUUCCAAACAGUUAAAUGAGGAGCUCAUCUGUGGUGUUUGUCCAGUAAUAUCAAAGUCUCCAAUUGGAGCUCACGUUAUAGUCUAAAAAACUGUAAAUUUCACUCCAAGUGCAGCUCAAGCCCGUUUUAUAUUAUGUGCAUGUUACACUUUACAAAAAUUAAUUGACUCGCAGCUCUGCUCUUUCGGUUGACCUGGAGGGACUACAUGCAACAUUUGUGUCACAGAAAACAUAGUGUGACUGGACAAAUCUUUAAUUGGCUAACUUCAAAGAGCUCACUUUCUGAUUGGACCAGGCUCUUAGAAAUGAGUCAGGUAAUCUCCUGGAGAUUAUGAUACCAAGUGGAGGCACCUAAUGUAUUGACCCAAAGAACCAUCUAUUAAAACAAGAAAGAUGGUGCAAGGAACAACAGUAGAAUAAAUAUAUACAUUCCUAAUUCUGUAGGUUUGAGGCAAAUAGUAGAAAUGAAACAUCAAAUCUAAAGUGGCAUCAGACAUAAGACAAGAAGAAGGAAGUUUAAAGGUUUAGGAUAAAGAGAAGUAGGAAGUCUGGGUUAAUAUCUAGGACAGUGGAAUAAUUGUCUGCAUCCUAGAAAUGACUUUAUCAGUGUGGGGGAGACCGUGACCACAUCCUUCAUCUAUAAAUAAUCUUCAAAUGAACAAAUAGUAGCAUAGUAUUGUUCCUGUAACAGUGUGAUAUUAUCAUAAUGCUCAUGCAGCAACCCAAAAUAUAUGCAAAUAGUUUAUAAUGCUCUGAGCUGACUUGGGAUGUGAAACCACAUAGCAGCAGUUCUUAAAUCGCACCCACAGAGUGACUCAUGUCAGAAUUUAAAUCGUAACUCUUAGAUCAGCGUUUUUCAGCCAGUGUUCCACUAGCUGUCUAAUGACUGCAGCUGCCAUCACCCUAAGCCAGUCCCUGUUGUAGUUGUAGCUCCUGGAUUUUAUAGUGUGUCAAUCACUGCCGACAACACUCUUCGUAUGAUUAAUAAGCCAGAAGCCAGAAAACACAAUUUUGAUGCCAUUUUAUUUUAUUUUAUAGAAGGCAGAACUCUGUGUAGGUAUAGAGAUUUAUAAAAAGUGCCAUUCAGGAGUUAGCAGAUAAACAUUAGCAACACUUGUAUUGUCUGUCCCUUGUGAUUGGCGGCUCAUGUCAGAAUAACCUCUUCUGGCAUCGGCCCAAUAUUGCGGCCAGCUAGCAUGUGAUUUAAUAAACACGAGAUUUUAUUGUGAGCAGACUGGAUGGACCGAUUGGCUGGUAUCUGCUGCCAACAAUUAUUUUUCAGUUAUUAAAAGUCACUGAAGUUUUGAAAUAAUACCAUUCAAAGAAAACAUCCAGAAUGUAUUGUUAUGGUGUAAAUUCAAACAGGAGAUUCAGGGACCCCUGUGACAGUGGUUUCUACUUGUUGUAACCUUGUUUCCUGACACAUACAGAUCCCAGCUUUACCUGUCAGUCUGGUGUAAUAACCCUGCACGUCAAGCAAAAUUCAUCCAUAACUCUUCGUGAUGGAGACCUGUCUAAUGUCCUGGAACAGUUUGUGACUUCAGGAACCACCAUAGCUGUGGGCGUGAAUGCCACUGUGCUGCCAAGCUGCCAGGCUUCAUAUGCUACAACACUUCUUCCAGGUAAGGCAAUUCCUCAUUAGUAGUGCAAGAAGGACUUGGUGAUCUCAAGAGUUGUAUUUUGUGAAGAUCAGAUCUGUGGUUCAUUCUGUGUGCAGGACUGUCAUCGUUCUGUGAUGGAUAACUUCGGCACUCCGGAUUUUACUGAACUAUAUUUCUCACAUUUUACAUAUUUUAUGCCAAAAAAAUAACUUGGCUGAAAAAAAAAGACGUUUCAGAUUUUCCUUGCAUACCUAACAAUUUUGUCCUACAAUGUGCAACUCCCUUGUCAUUCCUCAACUAUUCCCAGUUUUGGAGAAAUAAUGAAACUGUUAUUACAAGACACAGAGGCUCAUGUUGUGCCAUAUCUUUCUUUACUUUAACAUCGGAGCAAAGAGAAUUAGUAAAUGAAUGAAAACAGAUUUUAAACAUUUACAUCAACUGACAUAAACGAAUAAAAUUCAUUCACUAAUUCUCUUUGCUUUUAUAUUUAAGUAAAGAAAGAUAUAUCAUAAUACUCGCCUCUGUCUUUACGUCAUGUUUUAGCAAAGUCAAUUCAGGUAUUGAUUCACUUUAAAUCUCAGAUUAGGGAUGUAGUAGACUUGUAAUAUUAACAUUUACACAAACACUUAUUAGAUAUUGUGGUUGAGUCUGAUGUACACUUUGAUUUGCAAUGCUGUUUCAUUCCUCAGACGUUUCGACGACCAGCCCUCCUGAUUCAAAGUCCCCUGCGGUAAUCAUCAGCGAAAUAAACCCCAAUACUCCUGGUGCUGCCGAGGAUACGGAGUUUGUGGAGCUUCAUAACCCUUUGAACUUCUCGGUCAGCCUUGCUGGGUACUGGCUGGUUUUCUAUAAUGGAAAGAACAACCUGGCGUAUUACACCCUAGAUCUCAAAGGCUAUAGGAUUGACAAGCGUGGCUACUUCCUAGUGGGUAGCGCUAAAGUGUCCCCAAAACCUAACGUUGCAAUGCCCUAUAACACCUUACAGAAUGGGGCAGAUGCAGUGGCUUUGUAUUAUCGUCCUGGAAAGGGCUACAAGAAAAAUAUGGAGGUGACAGCUGAUGGGUUGGUGGAUGCCGUGGUCUAUGUAUCCCAAGUUGGAGAUGACGCAGAGAGGCUUUUGAAGGAUCUUACACCAGGACAGGAAGCUGUGCAUGAGAACGAGAGAUUUCAUGAGGACGAUGAGUCUUUGAGUCGUUGCAAUGGGCUGGUGCCCCUGAGCCUGUCAAGCUUCCAGGUAAGUGGGCAGUAAGUGCAGCAAUGCACUCACUGUGGCAGGAGAGUGGCAUAUUUCAUGGUUAUUCGAGGUAGAGGGACUGACAAGAGUAUUGGCAAAAUAAAUAGUUUCUCCACCAGGUGAGAGCAGUAAUGGAAGUUAAGAAGUAUUUUUUGGCUACAAAAUAUAUCAGCAGCUCAACAAGAUGACUCCUAACUAUGUCUGGUAAAUGCAAAGAAACUCCAGGACUCCAAAUCUAGGUAUAUUUUGUGGCCAAUGUAUUCCACCAAAGAUAGUUCUAUCUGCCUCCUGAAUUCUACAAACAUUUCUAAUGCAGAAUGAUUUUACUAAUACCAAGAUCUCUGACGAAUAGCCAGUUAUUUAUGUGCCAAAAAUGUAUUCGUAAAUGUUAAAAAAAAAAAAAAAUGUAUCAAGUGUUUAUUUUCUUAUUCCUAUUUCCAGGUUACGAGAAUUACUCCUCUAGCAGAUAAUGACUGUACGACCAUAAGACCAUCCCUCCAUCCACAAAUGACCUCUUCCUCUGUCGUCACAUCUGGAACCCCUGUGAGCCUGAUGAUCAGUGAGGUUGGGGUGCUAACCGGUUCCGAGCCGUACAACUUCAUUGAGCUGAAGGGGCGACCGGGCACUAGAGUACAUGGAAUUACCCUGGUUCUGUAUGACAUGGAUGGAAAGGUGUAUGACCGGUUUGGACUGGAAGGUUUCCUAGGACUAAAUGGCUUCUAUGUGAUAAGCCUCAAUGCAACAAGUGGUAUGUAAGCUCCUCAGACCAGUAGCUUUUCUAAUGUUUAGAAAAUAUAUAAUCCGAGAUGAUGUGAUCCUUUAAAUAGGGAUGCUUAUAAAGAUCAUAGCAUCACGGCAAAGAUAAUGUGUAACCAGCCUGGAGAUAUAUGGGUUUUAUAAAAAAAAAAAAAUUCUAAUUCUUUAUUUUUGCAUGGAGUUACAGUUAGGUCUAUUACGCCACAGUAGCAGUAUGAGACCGACGUUCAAAAGCUGAUAACAUGGCAUAGGAAAUCCUGUGCACAUUUUUGUUUUUGUUGUUAAAGUAAUAUACAUGUCGGAACAAAAUGCAGUUAUGUUUAUAGUUGCAUACAGAUUAAUAAAGCUUGACUAUGUAGUCUAACAUUGACUAUCAUAGAGCAAUAACGUAUCGUUCUAAGGUUAGUGCUUAUUGGUUGGUUCACAUAACACAGCUGUGGUGGUGACAGGUGUAUGCACUGUGUGUUUAUGGUGUGUCAGCAGUGACCAGGUAAAUUCAGUGCAUGUGGAAUAGGGUUCUCUUCUGAAUGGUUGUGUCAUGGAUAGUAUUUGUGUGACAGGCUGUUUCUGCAGUUUGGUUAUCUUGCUUGGUGGGGAUUAUACCACUCACGCCUAAAUCAUUGAGCAGUCCGCCUGCUCAAUUCUAUGUGAGUACAUUUUACUAUUUAUACUCCUUAUAUAAGAUUUUAUACAGCGAGCACUAUUAGUUGUCUCUCUUCUCCCUUAUGAUCUACACAUCGGUGAAAGACUUAACCCUCUACACGUAUCCUACAAGCGGGGAUUAUACUGCUGUACGCUAUUCACACUAGAGCUGGCUUAAGCUCUACUAAAUGUGAGUAAGACUGUAUUAGACUCUGUUGUUAUAUACACCAUCUUUACCAGACGUACUGCCUUAUCACCUGUCUUUCUCUUCCACAUACGGAGUAAAAGACCAAUACUCUACGUAUCCUAUAAGCGGGGAUUGUACCGCUGUAUGCCAUCCACACUAGAGCUAGUUCAGCUAUACUACAUGUUAGUAGAAUUACCAUAGAUCUCUUCUUCCUGCAUAUCAACCCUCUCAUCAGACGUAUUUGCACCAUUAUUUGUUUAUUUCUUUACAUACGGAUCCUGAAAAGCCAUCUUCACGUGACCCUUAGAGAGAAUACCCCUCCACAUAGGCCGUCGGUGCCCCACCAGGCCCUACUAAAGACUUUGUUUUGGCACCACCUACAUUUUGGACUUUGUUCAUUCUCUAGGUGCACUUUAGUCAGCUUUGGUGCAACCUCCUUCUGUUUUGUCUUGUAUAUUAUCUUUGUUCAUAGGGCUUAGAGGGAACCCUAUUUUAGGUUGCUGCCUCCUACUUUUACCUAUUUAUAGGAUUGGUUUAAUUUAGCGCUGUUUCCUUCUUUUGUAUAUGAAUAGCUGUAUGUGCAGGGAGGGAGCACAGAAAGGGAAGGAAGGGAGAUACAGUUUUACACUUGCACAAGCUCUACCUGUGCGGAAUGCAAGGGUAGAAUCCACUAUAUCUGUCUCCAGCAUGCAGAGCGUACUGAUGGACGUAUUUUUUGCAUAGAACUUACAUUAGGCAGUCCAGCAAUUCACGAAUUUAAGAUACAAGGCUGGCUUUUUAUAAAAAUUGCUGCCAAGGUCACGUUUGCCAGGUUGCAACUAGACUACAGCACAAGAGUGAAGAUAACUGUGCAUGUCUAAAGGAAAGAAGGUAUUAGGUCGCGCCAGAAAAUGAAUGUAACAAGAUAAAACAGAUAGUACAACCGUAGAUAAAAACUGAAAUAUCUUCAUAUAAAACAGAUAAAACAUAUAUAUGUGUAAUAUGGUAAGUACUUACAUAUAUCAGUACAUAAAGAGAGAAAAAAAUAAAAAGUCCUAAAAUAAGCAGGGAAUGGUCACAUCCACUUGAGGAGAGGAAAUAGUCCAAAUGAAAUUGGAGAAAUGAAGGUAGCGUCUUGUUCCGGGUACCAAUAUGCAAAAGAGAACAAAAGGGAAAAUCCAAUAGUGUAGACUGUAUCUUCCGUUUCUUUGUGAGGAUUCAAAGUGAAAAAGUAUCACACUCACCUAUAUUGGAGCUUGGACUAGCUCAGGUGUACUUCACAUUCAGUGGUAUUGGUCCCCCACUGGUGGGAUAUAGACGUAUGCACGUAACGGAGAUCCUCAAGAGAGAAGAGGGUAACACAGAAUAGUGCUCACUGUAUAAAUGUUGUAAUUACGUAGAAAUAAAAUAUAUAUAGAAUACUCACAUUUAAGUGAGCAGGAUAUACUGCUCACUUGUAUGGCAUAGGUGGUAUAAUCCCCACCUAGGAUUCUUGAACGAAAUGGUAGUAAUGUAAAAGUAGUAACCAGUUCCAAAAAUGAAAAUAAAGUAAAUAAAAAAACUUAAAAUAAAAGAAAAGGUAUAUGGCAAAGAAAAAAGUAAUGUAUUAGCCAAUAAUCCUUUAUUGAUAAAAUAUAAAUUAAUAUAAGGUAAUAAAACAGCCAAAACGCGUUUCGCCACACAGGGCUUUUUCAACUGGCAAUAAAAAACAGAGACCUGGUUUACAAUGGUUUAAAUAACCUUUCAGUUCAUUAACAAAUUCGAAAUUGGCGCCAAAAUGACGUCAUAAUUUAUGCAAAAAAUAGUAAAACAACAUAUAUACGAUUAAGCAGUUAUUAUAAUAUUGGGUGAGCAAACAGAAACACUGCACAUACAGAUUCCUACCACCAUAACCACUUAUAUGAGCAGAAGUGGUCGUGUAGAUUGAGGUACCCUUGAAAAGCAUCUGAUACAUUUUGGACUCAUCAUGUGUUUUUCUCAACAUUCAAAUUUCUUGAUAUCUGUUAUGGAAAAACCUAAGUUUUGCAGCUUCGUUCAGCAUAACCCCACAUGAAAUAUUGCAAACUCCUACAAAGGAGAGACAACAGUGUAUGAAAACUGACAGGAUUUGGGCGGCUGGCUUAGGAGAUAUUAUGUAAAAAAACGUAGCAAUGGAAGAUGAAGGUACUGAGCAGCUGUACACUACGAUGAUUCUAAACUUUCCUUUGUUUCUAUAGAACAGCGACUACCAUCACUCUCACGCCCCAGCACUUUCAGCCCUGAGGCCCUGGCUUUGUACACAGGGAGUCCAGAGAGUUUCCCUGUGGGAUCAGGCCUCACUCAGAGAGGGCUUUUAGAUGCUGUAGUCUAUUCAUGGGAAAGCAGUUCUUCAAGUGAACUUCUGAGAGACCUGGGACAAGAGAGCAUCACUUUAUACGGCGAGCAAAGGUAAGUAAAAGGCCUGAUAAAGACUGCACCUACUAAUCAUUUUAUAACCAUUUUCUACCUGACCUAUAAUGGAACUCAUUGAUAGCUAAUUCUAGAGCUAUAUUUUUCUGUGGAAUGCUGGCAGAGCAUCGUGGAUCCUCAGGUGUCUUCAGGCCCGGACUGGCCAUCGGGCACACCGGGCAAAUGCCCGGUGGGCCGCGGUGGCAGUGGGGCCGAGGCCGGCAGGGGAGGUCCCAGGAUCUCCCCUGCCGGUCUAUGCAGGGCCGGCACUCUCCUAGCGCCGGCCCCGCUGUUUGCCACGACGGGCCGGUGGGGAGAUCAAGGAUCUCCCUGACCGGCCCACAUGCGGCCGCCGGCGGGGAGGGAGGGAGGGAGCCAGCCAGGCUGGAGAGAGGACCCGGCGGAGCUCUAACUUGCAGCUCCGCCGGGUUCCUCUCGCGAGAUCCGGUGCGUUGCCAUGGCAACGGCCGGAUCUCGCGUGAGUGAACUCUAGCCUCACAGGCUAGAGUUCACUCACCCACGAGGACCACCAGGGAACACUGCCACCCUGCCUCCCAGCGUGCCGGACCCCCCCUCCCAGGCUAAAGGUAAGAUAACAUUUAUACAGCACUCUCACACCCAUCACACAGAGCACUCACUCACACAGCACUCACACCCAUCGCACACAGCACUCUCACACCCAUCACACACAGCACUCUCACAGCACUCUCACACACACACAGCACUCUCUCACACAGCACUCUCACACCCAUCACACACAGCACUUUCACACACACAGCACUCUCUCACAGCACUCUCACACCCAUCACACUCACAGCACUCUCACACCCAUCACACUCACAGCACUCUCUCACAGCACUCUCACAGAGCACUCUCACACACACACAGCACUCUCUCACACAGCACUCUCACACCCAUCACACACAGCACUUUCACACACAUACACAAUACUUCCAAAUAUAUAUACACACACACACACACACACACACACACACUACACUCUUAAAGGACCACUCUAGCCACCCUGACCACUUCAGCUUAAUGAAGUGGUCUUGGUGCCAGGUCCUUCUAGGGUUAACCCAUUGUUUUAUAAACAUAGCAGUUUCAGAGAAACUGCUAUGUUUAUCAAUGGGUUAAGCCUUCCCCCAAAGCCUCUAGCAGCUGUCUCAUUGACAGCCGCUAGAGGUGCUUGCGUGCUUUUCACUGUGAAAAUCACAGUGAGAGCACGCAAGCGUCCAUAGGAAAGCAUUAUAAAUGCUUUCCUAUGCGACCGGCUGAAUGCGCGCGCAGCUCUUGCCGCGCGUGCGCAUUCAGCCGACGGGGCGGAUCGGAGGAGAGCUCCCCGCCCGGCGCUGGAAAAAGGUAAGUUUUAACCCCUUUCCAGAGCCGGGCGGGAGGGGGUCCCUGAGCCACAUAUGCAUCACAUUACACCACAAACACAACACGACUAAAACCGACCUUAUUACACAAUACCACACCACGACCAGCUCACUCUACACACACGCAAUACCACAAGCAGGCUCCAAACACAUGCACAAUUCUCUUUCCUGGCCUUUUGUCUCCUGGUAUCCAUUUAUAAAGACACCAGAGACAAGUUGCAAGGAAACACAGUGCAAGCAUGUUAUUAAAUUUGCUUGCACUGUGCAUAACAAAUACAGGACUUUUUUCUCAUGCUAGAGCUCUUCAGCAGAGCUCUGCGCAUGGUCUGCCCUGGAAGAGAAUUGACCCAACAUGCUCACUUUGAGAGGAGGCGUGUUUGUCAUUGGUGAUGACAAAACACACCUCCUCUGCCCCGCCCCCUUUUUAGUGGGCCGCUGUGUUAAAAAUAUGCCCGGGCCGAAUUUUUCUCCCAAUCCGUCCCUGGGUGUCUUCCAUCUUGUAACAUUGGUGGUUUAGCCAAUAAGUAGCCCACCUCUAACUGCUGCAGAUGUACAACUCAACUGAUGGUAUUCCAGCCUCAAGCCGUAAUGCAUUGUGGGAAUAGAAGUUCUUCAACAGUUGAGCACCUACCUAUUAAACGACAGCUGUCACUUCAAAACCAAUUUUUUUUUAAUCUGAUGUUUUUUAUUGAGAAUGUAUUGCAUGGAGACCACAUUUCACAUUAUAUAACAACAUAAAUGAUACUUAUGCAGUAGUGAUUACAUAUACAUCAAUUAAAAAAAAAAAUUAUGAUUUUAAGUUUACAUCAAACAUUAGAGAGAAGAGAGGGGUAAUUAGCUAUGGAAGGGUAACAGUGGGCUAGUGACGUAAUUGUGGAUUGAUAGAACAGACAGAGAGACCUCCCUUGGCUACCAGAGGGAGGAGGAUAGUGUUUUCCACCAGAGCAUCAUUUAACUCCUUUAAAUAUUACGUUCACUACAUGUCUCUCAACUCCUGAAAUCCUGGGCUUUCCUACAAACAAGGCAUGGGAGAGGAUAACAGUUAUUUGUGUUGGUAAGGGUGUGCGGCCUCAAAACUAUUUUUAACAUUAUAAACUUUUCAUAAAAUUUUGAAAGGAAAUAGAAUAUUUGAAGUAUAUGUUAAAAAUGAAGAAAAAAAUAAUCGUAUCCCUACAUUUAUUAUAUGACAGGAUCCUUCAGCCAUAUACAUACACCUUGGGUCAGUGUUUGAAAACCGACAUAUACGCUCUAUGGUCUUCCCGGCUUCACUCCCUGCACAGAAACUGGGAGGAUCAUAGAGACUAACUGUUGGUUAUUGAAUACUGUGCAACCCAAGGCACAUGUACAUGGCUGUAGGAUCUUGGCAUACACUAAAGAUAAGGAUGAGGGUUUUGUUUUUGUUUUUUUUUGGUUUUUUUUUCAUAUACAUAUACUUAAAAAUAUAUAUAUAUUUUCAAAACUUGAUAAAGGGAUUAUUAUAUUAAAGAUAGUUUAGGUGACAGUUGUCCUUUAAUGAUCCCCGCGGUAGAUGAUAAUAUGGUGAAAAUUAGGUUAGCAUGCUCCUCUUUUAUCGUUGAACACACCUUUACUUGUUUCACCUCCUUUGAUCCUUUCUCCAUUCUUUCUCGCUGUCUCCUGACCAUCCGUCUGUCUGUCCCUGGCUGUUACAGAUGAUUUAUACACAGGUAGGCUGAUAUUACUACAUGUCUCUUUACUAUCUCUUUCCUCAUAUUACAAAAUAUAAUUAAAUGUACAUCAAUUCAAGAAACGAGGCUGGCUUUUUAUAACAAUAAAAAAAUUGCUUCCAAAAUACAAGAGAAGCACAUUUGUCUCUGCAGGGAAAGUGGAUUACAUUAGACAACAGGGCUUACUCUCAUUGCCAUCAGUCUUAAAAACAGAAGGUGCUAAUUAAAAAGUGUAUAUUUCACAGGUAAAUAUAGAAUGUAGCGUUCAGGCCAUAUUUUCCUUAAGCAAACCUGAAGAAUGCAAUUAUUAUAUAUUUUUUUAAUGCCCCUUGUUAAAUUGGCACUUUUACAAUACUAAUCACUACUGCCACCUUAAACUUCAAAGGACAAUAUACAUUACUCAAAAAAAUAAAGGGAACACUUAAACAACACAAUGUAACUCCAAGUCAAUCACACUUCUGUGAAAUCAAACUGUCCACUUAGGAAGCAACACUGAGUGACAAUCAAUUUCACAUGCUGUUGUGCAAAUGGGAUAGACAACAGGUGGAAAUUACAGGCAAUUAGCAAGACACCCCCAAUAAAGGAGUGGUUCUGCAGGUGGUGACCACAGACCACUUCUCAGUUCCUAUGCUUCUUAGCUGAUGUUUUGGUCACUUUUGAAUGUUGGCAGUGCUUUCACUCUAGUGGUAACAUCAGACGGAGUCUACAACACACACAAGUGGCUCAGGUAGUGCAGCUCAUCCAGGAUGGCACAUCAAUGCGAGUUGUGGCAAGGUUUGCUGUGUCUGUCAGCGUAGUGUCCAGAGCAUGGAGGCACUACCAGGAGACAGGCCAGUACAUCAGGAGAUGUGGAGGAGGCCGUAGGAGGACAACAACCCAGCAGCAGGACCGCUACCUCUGCCUUUGUGCAAGGAGGAACAGGAGAAGCACUGCCAAAGCACUGCAAAAUGACCUCCAGCAGGCCACAAAUGUGCACGCGUCUGCUCAAAUGCUCAGAAACAGACUCCAUGAGGGUGGUAUGAGGGCCCGACGUCCACAGGUAGGGGUUGUGCUUACAGCCCAACACCGUGCAGGACGUUUGGCAUUUGCCAGAGAACACCAAGAUUGGCAAAUUCGCUACUGGCACCCUGUGCUCUUCACAAAUGAAAGCAGGUUCACACUGAGCACGUGACAGAAUCUGGAGACGUCGUGGAGAACGUUCUGCUGCCUGCAACAUCCUCCAGCAUGACCGGUUUGGCAGUGGGUCAGUAAUGGUGUGGGGUGGCAUUUCUUUGGGGGGCCACACAGCCCUCCAUGUGCUCGCCAGAGGUAGCCUGACUGCCAUUAGGUACCGAGAUGAGAUCUUCAGACCCCUUGUGAGACCAUAUGCUGGUGUGUUUGGCCCUGGGUUCCUCCUAAUGCAAGACAAUGCUAGACCUCAUGUGGCUGGAGUGUGUCAGAUGUUCCUGCAAGACGAAGGCAUUGAUGCUAUGGACUGGCCCGCCCAUUCCCCAGACCUGAAUCCAAUUGAGCACAUCUGGGACAUCAUGUCUCGCUCCAUCCACCAACGUCACGUUGCACCACAGACUGUCCAGGAGUUGGCAGAUGCUUUAGUCCAGGUCUGGGAGGAGAUCCCUCAGGAGACCAUCCGCCACCUCAUCAGGAGCAUGCACAGGCGUUGUAGGGAGGUCAUACAGGCACGUGGAGGCCACACACACUACUGAGCCUCAUUUUGACUUGUUUUAAGGACAUUACAUCAAAGUUGGAUCAACCUGUAGUGUGUUUUUCCACUUUAAUUUUGAGUGUGACUCCAAAUCCAGACCUCCAUGGGUUGAAAAAUUUGAUUUCCAUUUUUUAAUUUUUGUGUGAUUUUGUUGUCAGCACAUUCAACUAUGUAAAGAACAAAGUAUUUCAGAAGAAUAUUUAAUUCAUUCAGAUCUAGGAUCUGUUAUUUUUGUGUUCCCUUUAUUUUUUUGAGCAGUGUAUAUAUAUAUAUAUAUAUAUAUAUAUAUAGGGAAAGGAUCAGAGUAAAUAUAAGAUUUGAGGUUCAGUAAUUAUGCAACUAUCAUACUAAAUAUUAAAUAUUUCUGAUAAUGUAUAAAUAAUACCCAAUUUCCGCUCUGGCCCUAAGUGACAUUUUAUUGAGUGAUAAAUGCUGCUGUGUACUAUAGCUCUAUGUGACAUAAUACUCUCUAAAUCACUGUCCCUGAUUCUUAAUAUUCUUAUUUUUUUUGUGUGAAUAACCGUCACACCUCUCUGAGAUCUGUCGGUGUUUUGCCUUUCAGUAGUCUAACUGUAUAUGUUUAUUUAAUGCUCUUGGUGCCCAUCUGAUAGAUUGAUUAAUAUUGCAGGUUAUUCUCUGUGAGCCGAUGUCCUCAUAUUUUGGACUUCCAUAAUCCGCUCCUGUUGCCUGUACCACAGCCCAGUCCUGGUUCUGCCAACUUAUGCCCCUUCAGUUCCUCCCCAUUCCAACUGGACCUCUGCAUUAAGGACUCCAAUACAAGUAAUAUGCGAAAUGAGAUAAGCUGUAUUAUGCAUAAAACCAUGGCAAUGUACCUAUUUCCCUACUACAGCCUCUGUCCCCACUACUGCCCCUGUACCACCACUGCAUCCUUCCUACUAUUGCCCCACAGCUAUAUGUUUGUGUGUCAGUUUUCUCUACGUGUAAAUGUGUGUGUAUGUCAAUGUCCUCUGUGUGAAAAUGUGUGUAUGUAAGUGUCCUCUCUGUGUAAAAGUGUUCAUGUGUCAGUGUCAACUCUGUGUGUAAAUGUGUGUAAGUAUCCUCUGUUUGCAAGUGUGUGUCAGUGUCCUCUGUGUGUAAAUGUGUAUAAGUAUCCUCUGUUUGUAAGUGUGUCAGUGUCCUUUGUGUGUAAAUGUGUGGGUGUGUGUCAGUGUCCUCUGUGUAUAAGUGUGUGUCAGUGUCCUCUGUGUGUAAGUGUGCGUCUGUGUCCUUUGUGUGUAAAUGUGUGUGUGUGUCAGUGUCCUCUGUGUGUAAAUGUAUGUAAGUAUCCUCUGUGUGUAAGUGUGUGUCUGUGUCCUUUGUGUGUAAAUGUGUGUGUGUGUGUCAGUGUCCUCUGUGUGUAGCUGUGUGUGUCAGUAUCCCCUGUUUGUAACUAUUAUGUGUGUAUUAUAUAUUCAGUUUGUGACUUUUAUGUUUCACUUGGAAUUUAAAUCUAUAGAAAUUACUUUCCCGAGGCAGAGUACUUAGGAAUUAUUUUUUAGACCCGGAGAGGCACUUCUCCAUAGAAAGUUGAGAAUCACUGCUUCUCUUUGCCUCGUUACAGAUUGCUCAGGAUGGGAGCAGGUGAAGCAGCAGACUCUGGACGGUUUGAAGGUCACUCUUAGUGCGUCCAUUGAGCAGGACUGCUCUUGUUUUUCACCUCCAGCAUACAUACAAGGUAAAGACAAUUGUAUGUACAGAAACAACUGAAGUCAGUUUUUGCCUCACCUUUGUACCUAAAAAGGCUCACUGCUCAGACAUGCAAACAAAUUAAAGAAGUGCAAACAAAAAAACUGAAAACACCUCUUAAAAUCACUAAUAGAAUGAAUAAGAAAUGAAAUUACCCUUAAAAAUACACAAAUUAUUUAGAAAAAAGCCCUAUUAAUCUUCAGCAAUACAUAUAACAACAAAUCUACAGAAAAAAAAAUAAAAGGUGCAUAGACUACGGCCCUCAUACGAAAGAUAUGCCCUCAGUAAUUCUUCAUAAUAUUCCAUGUAAAAAAAAAAAAGGAUCAAAACAUAGCGCAUUUCUAAAAAGUAUAACAAACUCUACUAGAUAACUACACUUACAGGAUUGGGUAAGUGACACGACCAUUUAGGGUGGUAAGGUGAUAUGUUUGACUUGAUAUUUCAUCUUGUAAUUUCAAUUAUUUAUUAGCGUUUGUUAUACUUUUUAGAGUUGCGCUAUGUUUUGAUGCUUUUUCUUUACAUUGAAUACUAUGAAGAAUUACUGAGGGCAUAUCUUUUUAUCUUAACCUUGUUAGUGCAUCAUCCACUUCUCUUGUUAUGGUAUAUCCAGUACUACUCUAUGUACAUUUUAUUUUUCAUGUAGAUUUGUUGUUAACUAAAGAAGUGGUUGGCCUAAUGCACGGCACAGAGUAUUAAGGACCUUAAUACAUACGUACCUUUGAAUACCAUAUGCUAGUAGCUUACAGCUUACAUGAGCUGUGUACUUGUACUAUUAAUUCCAAACUGACGAUAUCUCUUAAAAGUACAAGUAAUAAUUCUCAAUAUUGAUUGCCUGCUUCCUUCUUUCAAUCCUACUCUCUAUAUCCCCCUUGUCUAGUUACAAUAUUCACUCGCUAGCCUCAUACUAGCUUCUUACCCCAGCGAGCUCCAUUCCUCCCUUUAAACAUCCACGUGAGAAAGUGGGAGAAUCCUGAUGUUCAGUCUUUAAACAGGAUUAGCAAAUGCACAGCGAUCCUGUACUCCUAGAUAGUGCUAUUUGCAUUGCCUGAGUACGCCGCUUCCUGGACUGAUCUUACACCCCGUCCCUCUUCUUCACCUUUGAAUAUACCAUCUUCACCUCUUUCCCUCGCCUCUUAUCCCACUGUUUAUAGUUGUUUUUAGCACAUUGAUGUGAUUUAUACUCAUAUUUCAGCAAAUACUUGUGCACUCUCUUACAUUUAAUUAUAUAAAUUUUUGAUGCAAUAAGCUUUCCUAUUUCCUCCUCGAUACCCCAGUGUCUUUUUUUAUGAAUCAUUGCCAGCAGCCUCACAGCAGUCAAACAUAUCUUCAUAUAUGUCUCUCCUAGAUCUAAAGGUCAGGUGUGCGAAGAGCAGACUGUCCAUCUCGGGCGAAGCUUUAACAUUUCACAAGGACCAACAUCUCAUCCAAACCUGGAAUACGAACCUCCUUAAUCAGCCCUUCACCCUACAUGACAGAUCCUUUGGCUCUCUUACUGGAUGCAGUGCCCAAGGUAAUGGGAUGAUUUUGUUUGACAUAGAAAAUGUGUUUCUCUUGCCCUGUCAGUAUAUCAUGUCUCCCCUCUAAUUCUGCACCCUCAAUAUAUUCAGUGAGGAUUUAUUUAUUAAAUGUUACUCAUCCCAUAACUUUGUGUGCUGCUCCCUCCUAUUUCAAUAAUGCUAUAAACACAUAAGACAUCUGUUUCCAGCCUGGGACACCCUAUACUGGCUAUAAAUAGUAGGAUUCAAUCAGACCAGGCAGCCCCCAGUCAAGGGUGAUAUUCUGUGUCUCUCAGCUCCAUGCUUGCCGCAUGUCAGAUAGGGUGUCAUCUGUAAACUUAGUGGCCAGAUGGGGGUACUGUUCCACAGUAAAGGUCAGCUGUCAAACCUAGAGCAGGAUGUCUGCUGGAGAAAUCGUGGCUUCGUACAGCUAGGGAGAUCAGUAAAAUCAAUAUAUUUUAUAUAAAUUGAAUGUCAGAAUGACAGUGACCUGUUCACUGCAUUAUUUAUUUUAAAGCACCCAUGGCGGCAUACUAUAUUAGGUCCCUACUCAAUUAUUUAACAGACCCCUUCCCACGAAUGGCUGCCCAGUCAUUAGUGUUAAACAUUUAGCAGAUAUGUGACAGGUGGGGGCAUAGGGAGCUUUUACACCCCCUUAUAGUAAUAUGGGGGUCUUAUUGACCCCUAUUUUUUUUAUAUGUUUUUAUUAAUAAAUUUAUUCAUAAACUAUUUUAAUGUUCGCCAGCUGCCAAAUAAUUAACCCUUAUGCUGCCAAGGAUUUUUUUUGUUUUAUAUUCUAUAUUUAUGUCGUGCAGUGAUGAUACAGAAGUAAAUAAAGACAUUGGUUGCAUGUAUAGAUAAGGAAGAAAUACAAGCAAAUGUAGCAAGUAAUGUCGGGUUAAGCUGCACUUUUCUUUUUUGUGAUAUAUAUGUAUAAUGAGAUAAUACAGGCUAGACAUAGAUGGCUGGGCCUUACUGAAUAAUAGUACAGCUAUCAAAAAAUAUAUAAAGAGGAACAUGCUGAACUGACAAGCCUGAAAGGGUCUUCCAUAAAAGUGUCAUACGGCUAAUGGUAUUAACUAGACCUGAGGAACAAAAAGAUCAGUGGUGUAUGCUAGUCACACACAACUAUAUGCAAACAAGAAUUAAAGGAUCAAUAUAGGGUCAGGAACACAAACAUGUAUUCCUGAUCCUAUAGUGCCACCAUUUAGCUCCCCCUAUAAAAGUUUAAAACUCACCUUAUUUCAAGCGCUGUGCUGGUCUGCCGGCGCUGGCUCCGCCCCCUUUGUGACAUCUUUGCUUUCCCAUUGGAUUGGCUAAAAUCGGCACGGGGGCGGGGCCAAAUGACGUUUUGGCCAAUCAGGACCUCCUCGUAGAGAUGCAUCGAAUCAGUGCAUCUCUAUGAGGAAAAUUCAGUGUCUCCAUGGGGACACUGAACGGCAGAGCUGCCUACUGUGCAGCACUGAGCCAGGAAGCACCUCCAGUGGCCAUCUAAGGAGUGGCCACUUGGAGGUGUCCAUAGGGGCAAUGUAAACACUGCCUAUUCUCUGAAAAGACAGUGUUUGCAUGAAAAUGCCUGAAGGGAGAUAUUCUACUCACCAGAACAAGUACAUUAAGCUGUAGUUGUUCUGGUGACUAUAGUGUCCCUUUAAGCCUAAUAACAGGAGCCCUUCCAGACCAGUACAAGAUAGAUUAAUAAGUGGUAUAUGGUUGUGAGAACACAUGCUAGGUGAGUAGAGACAUAGAUUCCACUGGCUGAGAGCUACUAAAGUGAAACAUAAGAAUAAACAUUGAGAGUCAAACAAUAAACGUCAGUCACUGCAUUGCUAGGUAAUAGCUGCUUGAGUAUAUAAGCCAGCCAUCUCGUCCACUCAACCAAUGCCAAUAGGAGGCCACGCUAGAAAGCCCAUCUCGGUGCCUUUUGUAAGUAGUGUAGAGGGGUGCUGUAGGUAUUCCAACAGGGCAGUUUGGUACUCCAUGCCUUCCCACCACCUCUUGCCCGGGUCAUAAAAGAAGACAUUUAAGUGUCCAUUCGAUCCAUGCGGCAGGACCACAGGGGCUUUGAAGCUCGGUGCACCCCACAGGCAUAUGGACGGCUAGGUGGUUGCAGCUCCACCUGGGAUCUCAGCCCAGGGGAGGAACAGCGUGCUGGAGCAAGCACUUCACCCGGAGAAGACCCCUUCACUCUCCCGUCUGCCUCCUGCUGUGGAGGUGGUGUUGCCAUGAUUCAAGCUUCCAGCUUAGCCCAAAAGUGGUGGAAAAUCGCAUCCAGUCGCUGCUCAAAUGGGUCCAGUUCGGCACGUCGGGCCUGCUCAAUCUGCGCUGGCUCGUACUCAGGAUCUGAGUGUCCCCCCGUCAUUUUGGAGGGUUUAGCUUUGGUCGUUGGUCGCUGCUUCCAGAGGGCCACAGAGUUAUGUGGAGUGGGCCUGUGGGGACUAAGGGGGGUACGGGGCUCUUGAUGCAACAGAGCAGCCCAGGCAGUCCCCGCUGUGAGAUCAGCCGCCUCUCCCGCCGAGAUACAUUAGGCCACAAUCCAUCACAGGACACAGUUGGAGCACAGCAAGAGUUGUCUGUCCCAACAUCGGCACCGGUGUUGUCCACAAGAUGCCAGACGUCGGUGACAUUUGCCGGGGAUCGCUUAUUAUGGGAAGUAAAUGCCUUAUUUCAUUUAUGUUGCAGGUUUCACAGGAGCUCUAGCUCCCUGCAACCUCUCAGCAUGGCGGUCAGGGCCCGCCCCCACUGCCAAGGAUUUUUAACUAUUUGCCAACUGGUUGCUAGUGCUGUCGGCAUGCAAAUAGUACCUAAAAUGAUCAUUCACUUUCAAAAAAAAGCGGCAUUCGGUGCCAAAAAAUUGGUGCUUCAUGCAUAAUACGAAUUCUAUACUUUAUACAGGAUUCGGAUGACAAAGCAAAGAUUUUAAUACAGACACCAAAUGCAUUAAGGUGAUUGCUGCAGGUUUGCUCAGACCAACUCAACUCUUACCGUAUUUGGCUUUAGUAAAUAUAAUAAUUACCACUGCAGUGGGAACAUGGCCAUUUUUACCAUUUAAAACAGUGUGUAAUACAUAUUAUAUACAGAGCAGUGUGUUAUAUAGAAUUGUAUACAGAGUAACAUACAGCAUUAUAUACAGAAUAGUAGUGUGUUAUAUAAUAUUAUAUACAGUGUUGUGUGCGAUACUAUAUACAGAGUAACAUACAUCAUUAUAUACAGAGUAGUAGUGUGUUAUAUAAUAUUAUAUACAGUGUUGUGUGCGAUAUUAUAUACAGAGUAACAUACAUCAUUAUAUACAGAGUAGUAGUGUGUUAUAUAAUAUUAUAUACAGUGCUGUGUGCGAUAUUAUAUACCGAGUAACAUACAUCAUUAUAUACAGAGUAGUAGUGUGUAAUAUAGUAUUAUAUACAGUGCUGUGUGCGAUAUUAUAUACCGAGUAACAUACAGCUUUAUAUACGGAGUAGUAGUGUGUUAUAUAGUAUUAUAUACAGUGUUGUGUGCGAUAUUAUAUACAGAGUAACAUACAUCAUUAUAUACAGAGUAGUAGUGUGUUAUAUAAUAUUAUAUACAGUGCUGUGUGCGAUAUUAUAUACCGAGUAACAUACAUCAUUAUAUACAGAGUAGUAGUGUGUAAUAUAGUAUUAUAUACAGUGCUGUGUGUGAUAUUAUAUACCGAGUAACAUACAGCUUUAUAUACGGAGUAGUAGUGUGUUAUAUAGUAUUAUAUACAGUGUUGUGUGCGAUAUUAUAUACAGUGUUUGAUACAUAGUAAUAUACAGCAAUAUAUACAGAGUAGUAGUGUGUUAUAUAAUAUUAUAUACAGUGUUGUGUGCGAUAUUAUAUACAGAGUAACAUACAUCAUUAUAUACAGAGUAGUAGUGUGUUAUAUAGUAUUAUAUACAGUGUUGUGUGCGAUAUUAUAUACAGAGUAACAUACAUCAUUAUAUACAGAGUAGUAGUGUGUUAUAUAGUAUUAUAUACAGUGCUGUGUGCGAUAUUAUAUACAGAGUAACAUACAGCUUUAUAUACAGAGUAGUACUGUGUAAUAUAGUAUUAUAUACAGUGUUGUGUGCGAUAUUAUAUACAGUGUUUGAUACAUAGUAAUAUACAGCAAUAUAUACGGAGUAGUAGUGUGUUAUAUAGUAUUAUAUACAGUGUUGGAUGCAGCAAUGUAACAUGACAUAAAAUAUUGAUUCUACUUUUACUUUAUUGUUAAUUACUUUCUUGUCCUGACUGCUGGCACAUAGCACCAGAUUUCAAUUCACUACUGAAUAAAAUAAUAGCUGAGUUGAAAACAUAGUUUUUGGCCUAAACGUUAAAAUUCAUUUUAAAUAGAUUAAAACCCAGACUUUUUGAAUAACCUUGGCUGUUAUCCUGUUAUCACAAGGCAGCUAUAUAUAAGACCUUGCAAGUUUUAUUUAACAGACUGCAAUACCAAUAUAAAAUGCUCCUUGUAUAUUGGUGUUGCAGGCUGUUAUACAGGAACCUGGAUGUAAUUGUCUCUCUGAUUCUCCUAUUAGGAACCUUCAAGGCAUGGCACGUGGCAGUCCUGGUGCUCCUAACCCUGCUGUUGAUAUUUGGCGCAGUCGCACUAUUAGUCUACCUUCGGAAAAGGUUUGUGGUUUUGAACACUGAUGGAAAAGCGUGGAGGAGGGAAUUAUACCGUCGAUUUCUUAGGAAAUCAAUAACAAUGUGACUAAAUGGAAGAGGAAACAAUAAAAAAAUUAAAAAACAUACUUUCAGUAAUAUUACACUAAAACUAAAGAAGUGACGGGCAGUCAUAGGCCUUUGACCUCUACAGGCACAAAAUGAUUUAAAACCUAAAGGGAAUGUGUCACAAAAAACAUUGUAAACCACCCUUUUCAUUUGAUGUACCUUCUUUUAAAUUAAUAAUAACGAAUUAGCAAAAAUUAUCUCACUGUUCAGUUCAAUCUUGGCACAGCCAGGGCACACAUUGCAAAUGAGGAAGAGAAAAAGAAACAUUGUUUCUUAUCCUCCUCUUCUUUGUAUGAUCUCUCUGUGCUGACUGGCAGGUGCUAAGAAAAGAGCUUUUAACAAUCACUGGCAGGGAACUAAGAUGGCGGCGCCCAGUAGCAGGAUAAAAUGGUAAGGAUUUAUUGAGAGAGGGAGAGAGAGAGUGUGCAUAUAUAUAACUAAACAUAACACACCUGUCUAUGUCUAGAAAAGAGUAUUAAAAGAAUUGUUAAACAGAAAACAGAUGAUAGGUGGGUGGAGCAAGAGGGAAAAAAUGCAGGCAAGCCACUGUCUAGAGGUCAGUCCCAACCUCAAACCAAAGAACAAAACUGAAUACAAUAUCGGAUAACAGGGCGCCACAACACCUUAAUUGCCCAUAAUGGGAUUCCCAUAAGAAGAGGAAAUAAUCAAUAAAAAUAUAACAUUCAGUUUAUUAAAGAUAAAAUUAAAAAUCAAGUUUAGGCAAUAGCACAACACAUGUGCAAUUAUUGCAAUAUAUAAGCCAAAGUUGACAAAAAAAAACCCUUAGCAGCUUUAAAGGACCACUAUAGGCACCCAGACCACUUCAGCUUAAUGAAGUGGUCUGGGUGCCAGGUCCAUCUAGGGUUAAUCCUUUUUUCUAUAAACAUAGCAGUUUCAGAGAAACUGCUAUGUUUACAUUAGGGUUAAUCCAGCCUCAAGUGGCUGUCUCAUUGACAGCCGCUAGAGGCGCUUGCGUGCUUCUCACUGUGAUUUUCACAGUGAGAAGACGCCAGCGUCCAUAGGAAAGCAUUGUGAAUGCUUUCCUAUGAGACUGGCUGAAUGCGCGCGCAGCUCUUGCCGUGCAUGCGCAUUCAGCCGAGGAGAGUUCCCUGCCCGGCGCUGGAGGAAGAGGUAAGUUUAACCCCUUCCUCUCCAUCCAACCUGGCGGGAGGGGGUCCCUGAGUGUGGGGGCACCCUCAGGGCACUAUAGUGCCAGGAAAAGGAGUAUGGGGAUACUGGGGAAGUCGGAUUGUGUUGUCCUCCUCUUAUCGGAAUCCCAUUAUGGGUAACUAACGUGAUUAUGGUGCCCUGUUAUCUGAUAUUGAUAUGUUGCCUUGCUCUUUGCGUUGAUGCUUUGGAUAGGGUGGCCAGAUUGUAUUACUCUUUGCUUGUAAAUGAGUUGAAAUAAAAUACAUACAGCUGGAGAAAUGUCCUGCACUGCGCUGAUGAUCUUUAUUUCUGCAUUGCAGGCGACCUCAGAAUUACACCAGCAUUGAAAUGAACGCACACAGAGAGCUCAUAUCAGAGUAUUAGCAAGCUUGCAAACAGGAGCAACGAGAAAAAUCGAAGAUUGAAGACCUUCUGUUUGCUCUGCACGGACCAAUCAAAGCUUGUGGUUUUGGUAGCAGUGGGUUAAGAAGAGAACUGCGCUUUAGAAUGACUAUUUCUCCAUGUUCCCCUAUCACUCUGUGAAACUGGAGGUCUCUAGUUUGAAAACAGGAAAAGGCAAAAGGGUGCAAAUCUGGAACAACAUAAUGCUUUGGGUACUUCCAAGUUAAAUGUAUAUUAGAAGUGUUUUGUUUUUAAUUUUACCAAGUCCAAACUUCUAUGCCAGUGAACAUUGAAGGAGUCUCCAGUUAAGCCACGAUUUCAUUAAUAGCCAUGUGAUGCCGCAGUGGGCUUGUGAAUAUGAUGAACACCUCGCUGCUGUUCCAGGUUUAUAGGAAAUCCCACACAGUGGGGUAGAUGUACUAUGAGGCCUGCGGGUCUAACGUUUAAGAUCCUGAUAUGUAAAUUUGAAUUAAAAUAAUGGUACGCAGACAGUUUUUAUCCGUAUUGAUUCCACAAAUGUCACUUGACUUCUAUAAAUGAUACAAAUAGAUAUUUUUUUGAUACUUUGCAAAAUGCUGCAUUGCCAUGGAUACUUGGAAUGAGAGACACUUUCAUCUGUUGACUUUAUGCUCAUUAACUAAUAAUUGAAUUGGGGUUUUCAGUUCUCAUGUAACAAUCUAAGAAUUACAACUUCAAUUCUCCACCCAGUUCCCCUACAAUCCACAGCAUUGUGCAGGGUCUCAGUUAUGCAAUGUUAAAAACUGAACUUUAGCCUUUGCAUUUUCUUUGCCAAAAUCUGUUUACAUUACUUUAAAACAAUACUACCAGUCAAAUUCCUUUCUGUAAAUGCUUUAGUAAGUUUAGAUGUAGUUACCACUUGAAUAUAAAGUUUGUCUCCUUUGUAGACAUUACAAUUUGUUUUUGUUUUUUAAAAUGUCAAACCAUUUGAUUACACAAAAUAACUCUUAAAACUGUCGGCAACCAAUCAUAACCUGAGGUUCAAACAGAUGAACGGUUUAACUACGAACAUUCCGCUGUGCAGAGGAGAGGAAAUGGUCCGAACUUGUCCGAUUGUACACAUGCGAAAUGAGGAAGAUUACUGUAACUUUUAUAAUGAAAAGAAAAAAAGAGGGGAAAAAAAACCCCCAAACAUUGCAAACUCUUUCAGCAGAUUACUUAUCAAGUUUUGUACAUAAUUUGUUUUGUAUUAAACAUGCCAGUUUUCACUGGUUUCCCAGAGUGUGACUGAUUAUUUAAGUGUAAGUUAUCUUACCAUUCAGAUGAGAAAACAAUGUGGAGCGUGAAUUAAUGGGGCUAAAAUGAAACAUGAUCCUGGAGGAAUGUGCUAAAAACUGAGCAAUCACCAUGCAUAGUCAGCAUAGUCAUUAAGUUAAUAUUGAACGUGUUGUUGAACUAAAAUUCCCAUAAUCCCAGCAACACAGUAUUUAUUCAAAAGUCGAUAGAUUAUUAUUGAAUGAGAACUGGGGAGUGGAUGUUAGUUACACAUCUACUACGGAUACCGAAGAACUUACAAAAAGGGUUCGUUUUGAACAGAGUUGGCUUCAAGGCAGAACUACAAGGAAUCAUGGGAUUUGUAGUCUUGUAACAGCUGAGAGUCUACCUAUUUGACAUCACUGGCCUAAAAGUAUUCAGAAACACUCCAGCUGUAACUCUCUAUUGUGUUUUUAGCUAUAAAUUAUAAUGAGUGAUAUGUAUGGGAAAGAGAACAUAUAAGGUUCAUUCACUGAAUGAACAGUUUUAGGACACAAGACAAAGAUCAAGUUCCUGUUACAAGUUUGUGGUUUAGUUAGCAGUGAGUCUCUGAAAAUAUUUGGGGAAAGUCAGUCUGAUUUAACCUCGGCCGAGUCUCAGAUCACAAGGGGCUCCACAGCAAUGGGCUGCAAUGUGGCUCUAACCAGGAACCACAUCCUGUGAUCAGAGACACUUUGCUUGAAUGGGAGAAUUGUUGCUCACUUGCCAGAGGUAAACCAGUUUUGGACCUUAGGAUCCAGCCCCUGAUAACUGCAUGAAUCAUACUGCAAUCACCAUAGCCGAUAAAUCGGAUUUCCUGCUAUGGUUGAAAUAUUUAAUGGAGGAACAUUUACACAUUAUUGCUCCAUUUCCUUAGGUACAAUGAUAAAGAGAGCAAAACAGAACUGUUGUCACCAGCCUUACACACACAUAAGUGAAGGUUGCUGAAAAAUGAACGAACCCAGGCUGUGCUGCUCUCUGCCUCUGGGUUAUCUGAAACUCACACAGGACUAUUCACUUAAUUGAAAAUUCAAAUUUAAGGCCAAUGUAGCUAAACUGGAUGCAUAGCAGAGUUAGAUCAUUUUUCCAGUUCAGAUACUUUGAAUUCUCUCCUUAGUGAAUAACCCUGGUAGGCUUCCCAAACAAAUCACAUUGGUUGCGCUCUUCCCGGUGGGAUAGAGACGGUUCACUUUGUGAGCGGAGAACACACAAAAAUAAAAAGUUUUUCCAACUGUUAUUACUUUUUACCAAUGUGUUGUCCAUUCAACAUAACUCACCAUUUAGUAAAUGAGCCCUACAUUACUGUAGAGCAUAUACCAUUAUUAGACAAUAGAGUAAAGUAAAGAGGCACUCUAAGUACCUUAAAGGGACACUACACUGCCCAAACACAAAAUAAAGAAAAAUCACUGUUUAGUAGAUAUACCCCAAAUGAAAACUUGCAUUUAUCUAAUUAUGCAAUUUUUUUUAAUUGGAGUUAUAUCUAAAAACAAUUUGCAAAAACUGCAGGCCUCUUAUCUACAGCCUUUGCAAGCCCUCU